GCCGUAGACAUUAGAAAAAUGUUCAAGAUUAAAUUAGUAUAUUUAUUAAUAUUAUAUUUUACUCCCAAAAACAUUUUUGCUCAAGCUGAUAGUGCAUAUGCCGAUGAGGAACCUUCAGCUGUAACACCUAAGCAACAUUUAUUUAUGUUUACCGUGGAGGGUUUUAAAAAUUUGACAACAUUCUACGUUGAUAGAGCUGCCAAUAUAAGUGAAUUGCUCUUAAAGGAUGCCACCCUUAAUAACGCCAUAGAUGGCCAGUCUGUGGUGCAGGAAUUUAAAGAAAAUAUAACCGAUUUUCUAAAUCGUUAUCAUAAACAUAAAGAAUUUGAAGAUUUAUUUGAAUUGGUAGAAUUAUAUUCAAAUACUACCUCGGAUUAUUAUGAAAUGACAAGGGAACAGUUAAGCCCAGAUAUCGAAAUGAUAGUUAAGACUUUAAGAAAGUAUGGUUCUCAAAAAUUGGAUCAAGAUUUUAAAGUUAUGUAUGAACAAUUUGUUAAAGAUUUUAAAGUAGAAUUUCGCAAAAUAGAAAUAUAUUUAGAUAAGAAUAUGCUGGAUUGGUUUCAACAAUUCGCGACUAUAGAAGAGAUGAAUGCCAGAACAGAGGCCUUCGAGAAAUUUAUUAUGUUUUAUUUGUAGAAAUAAAUUCUUAAAUGGAUUUUUAUUUUGAGGGGGAGGUAGGGAUAAUAUAAUCUCAUAUAAUAUAAAGUUUUUUAAAAUGA